CAACUGCAGAGGACCAUAAAGCUGGUUGUCAUCUUUACAGAAAAAUUAGCCUCACAGUGAAGAACAUGUUACAACAUAAGUACAAGCAGAUAUUGGUUGGUAAUUCUCACACAGGUCGUAAGGAGUACCUGAAUGAUAUUUACACUGAUCUAUAUGUGGUUGAGAAAGAGACUGGAGGAAUACUGCAUAGCCAUGAGGUGAGACAGAUCGAAUCAAAUCUCAACAGAUUUACUGCCAAGGAGAUGCCAAUCCGGUGCAAUGACAUGCUCAAAGACCGUAUGGGUCGACAAAAUAGAAAAAUACUGACAAUGGGAAUCGCAGGGGUGGGAAAAACAGUCAUUGUUAACAAAUUCAUCCUUGACUGGGCUGAAGGAAGAGAAAAUCAGGACAUACUCUUCAUAUUUCCACUCCCAUUCCGUAGACUGAAUAUGAUUAAAAAACAGUGCAAUCUCAUGGAACUGCUUCAUGAAUGCUGCUUUACUGAACUGCCCUCUCUUCCUGAAGAUGACAGUAAGGUCAUGUUCAUUUUUGAUGGGCUGGAUGAAUGUUGCUUCCCUUUGAGAUUUCAUGAGAAUGAUGGAUUUAGAGAUAUCCAUAAGAAAACGACAGUGAGUAAGAUCAUUACAAACUUGAUUGAAUCAGAUCUGCUUCCUUCUGCUCUCAUCUGGAUCACAUCGAGACCAGCAGCAGCAGGCCUAAUACCCCGAGACUACAUUGAUCAGGUGACAGAAGUGCGAGGAUUCAGCAAUGAGCAAAAAGAGCAAUACUUCAUCAAAAACAGCAGUCCUGAGGUUGCUGGAAACAUCAUCCGUCACAUCAGGAACUCCAGGAGUCUGUACACCAUGUGCCAAAUCCCCGUCUUCUGCUGGAUCUCUCUCACUGUUCUUCAGCCUCUGCUGGCUCGAGAGAGCAAUGACAAAACUCCCACAACUCUCACAGAGAUGUACACAAACUUCUUACUUUCUCAGAAGCAAAAGAUGGAAAAAAAAACCCUUGAAAAUCCUCAACUUAAAUCCAAAGCCAAGGGUUAUGAUCAGAUUAUUCUGAAGCUUGGUAAACUGGCCUUUAAACAGCUACAGAAAGGAAAUAUGAUUUUCUACAAAGAAGAUAUAGAGGAGUGCGGACUACAUGUCAGUGAAGGGUCAGUGUUAUCUGGGUUAUGCACUCAGAUCUUCCAGAUGGGAAGCUCUCUUUCAGAGAGAAAGGUUUACAGCUUCAUACAUAUCAGCGUCCAGGAGUUCCUUGCUGCUCUCUACGUGUUUUUCCAAUAUAAAUGCUAUGAAAGAAAUGCCUGUCUUCAAUUCUGGAUAGACAAACUGAAAUGGAAACUCUCCAAAACAUCAUUAUUUGAUGUUCAUAAAGCUGCAGUCAACAAGGCUUUACAAAGUGAGACCGGGUACCUGGACCUUUUCCUCCAGUUCCUGCUGGGUCUAUCACUUGAGUCCAAUCAAAUUUACCUGAAGGAACUUUUGCCGAGAUUGCAACUGAAAACAGAGAAUGUCAAUUACACUGCUGACUAUAUAAAAAAUACAAUAGAGGUGGAGAAAUCAGUAGAGAAGAUCAUCAAUCUCUUCCAUUGUCUGAGUGAACUGAAAGAUGACUUUGCUGAGGAAAUCCAGAAGAAUUUGAGAUUAGGGAAUAUUUCAACACAGAAUCUCUCCUCUGCUCAGUGGUCAGCUCUGGUGUUUGUGCUCCUGAGGUCAGAAGAGACUCAGGAGAAGUUUGAACUUCAGGAAUAUGGUAGAUCUGAUGAAGCACUGAUGAGACUGAUGCCAGUGACCAAAAACACCAGACGAGCUCUGCUACAGUCCUGUAAUCUCACUGCUCAGUGUUGUGAGAGUUUGUCAUCAGCUCUACAAUCCUCAAGCUCUGUCCUGAGAGAAGUGGAUCUGAGUAACAAUGACCUGCAGGAUUCAGGAGUGAAGCUGCUCUCUGAUGGACUGAAGAGUCCAAACUGUCAGCUGGAGAUGCUGAGGUUGUCUGGCUGUAUGGUGACGGAGGAAGGCUGUGGUUAUUUGUCUUUAGCUCUGAGUUCAAACCCCUCACACCUUAGAGAGCUGGAUCUGAGCUACAAUCACCCAGGACAAUCAGGAGUCCAGCUGCUCAACCAUAAACUGCAGGAUCCAAACUAUAAACUGGAGAAACUCAAUGUGGAGCAUGGAGGAGAGAUCAGAAUGACAGCAGGACCACAAAGAUGGGCCUGUGAUCUCACACUGGAUCCAAACACAGCAAAUACUAAACUCAUGCUGUCUGAGGAGAACAGAAAGAUCACGUAUAUGCUACAGCGCCAGCCGUAUCCUGAUCAUCCAGAGAGAUUUGAGCUCUGUGAUCAGGUUCUGUGUGUUGAGAGUCUGACUGGACGCCAUUACUGGGAGGCUGAAUGGAGUGGAUAUACUGCUAAUAUAUCAGUGACAUACAAAGGAAUCAACAGGAAAAAAAUGAGAGAGUCUUGGUUUGGAUACAAUGACAAAUCCUGGAGUCUAAACUACUUUCAAGGGAGAUACACUGCCUGUCAUGAUAAGAAGCAAACAAACACGAUAGACCAUCUAUCCUCUAAGAGAGUAGGAGUGUAUCUGGACUGGUCGGCCGGCACUCUGUCCUUCUACAGUGUCUCUGACACACACACACUCACACACUUACACACAUUCAACACCACAUUCACUGAACCCCUCUAUGCUGGAUUUAAGGUUGAUUUGAACUCGUGUCUUUUUAUCAGACUAAAACAGAGGUUUGGAAACAGAGAUCAUUUGUGAAUAUUUAUUCCACAUGUAGAUUUGUGAACUUUCAUCUUAUUGCCAUGUCUAAUUUUUAAAUGACCUUUGCCUUAUUGAACCAGUAAAGACCUUGACUAACCAGAAGCUGUAGCUAUAGUACAUUUGCUGAAUCUGUGUUUCUCUCACAAACACAAAGAGAGAGAAAAUGUCCUUCAUACCACAUAGAAUUGACGUGCUGCAUGAAAAUUAUAUUCUUUGUGUUUUUUAAUGCCAAAAUAUCUGAGUUGGAUUCGAAUUAUUCAGCCUUUAAGAACAAGAAGAAGGUACUGGUGGUUCUUUCUCUAGUGGGUGGAACUAAUGCACAAGUAGCAAUCUCACUGGCUAGCAUUCACCUAUUAUAGUCCAUGUUUUAAUUUCAGCAAAUCAGUUCAAGCCAAAGCAGGCAGCAUGAUUAAUAUUGAUUAAUCCAUAUCAAAUCCCAAGUCCAAAUACUGAGGCAAGGAGAAUUGUUUGUAUAGUAUAACCCAAAAUCUGCUCUCAUCUCUGUGACAGUUUCAUGUCUGUGAGAAUUUGCUGGUCUGAGGAGAUUAUUUAGAAGGUAUAGAUGUGAAUCUUAAAAAGAAAUUGCAAUGUUCAGAUCAGAGGAGUCAAACAUUUCAAAUGAUGACUAAAAACAUGGAAUGUGUACAGUCUGAAUUUGACAGGAGUAACUGCAAGAAAGAGUUUGAGAUAAAAAUCAGCAGUGUGAACAAGAAAGGCUGAAUCUGUAAAUGAACUGCUAAUCACAGAAAUGUAAAUGCCCCAACCAUACGUUACUUAAAAAAAGCAUGCAAACCGAUUGCCUUAAUAAAACUAAGUAAAGUGAAAUAGGAAUAAUAUGUUGUACUGACAAAUGCUUAGUUAGUAUAGUUCACUUACAAAGAGUUCUAGUAACUAAAAAAGAUCUGUAGGGAGUACUUGAUAAUUUACUUUAGGUUUAUAUUUGACUUAUUAUAGCUACUCAGAAUUACUAACUCCCAGAGUGCAUUGCGGCAUGAAUAAAUGAUGCAAUUGCUCUGUUUUACUGCUGUUGUUUUUUUAAUUUUUCAAUUGUAUUUGCUUU